CUUCGUGUUUUGAUUGCGCUUUCUAGGCGGCGGUGUGAUGUUUUCGCGUUUUCACCAAAAAUAAUUUCAAAAAUCACGCACAAAUCUGCUUCGGAAUCAAACAAAAGUAGUGUAAAACGAUAGUAUAGUGAAUUCGGAACGUCAAUGUGGCGAUAGUUUUCCGCGGUAUGUGUUAUAUAGCGUGUGAUGGUAAUUUUUCCUGCUUCAGGCCAAAGAUCAUCUCGUGCAAGAGGAACAAAAAGUAGAAGAGAAAUUGUGUUAUAGGAGCAUCAACAGCAACAUCAGCAGCAGCAGCCACGGCAGAGCACAUCGGAGUCUGCCGCAGUGAAACCAGAAAACAGACCAUUUUUGGAAUAAGGUGAACAUAGCGAUAGCGCAGGAUGAGAUUUGGUUGCUAGCGUGGCUGUUUCGUUUCUCCGUAGAAAAUGCUGGCACUUUAUGAUGAUUUAAACACUGAACUUAGAUCCUGCUGCUAAAUUCGUCUGUCUAUCGCCAAACAAAAAAAAAAAAAACAAAAAAGAAUCCAAACUUUAUACUUUGCAAGCCGGCAUUAUGGCUAACUUGACUGACGGAGAUCAAACUUUUUGCAAUACGACGCCAACACCGACAGGAACUGGCACAACAGGUGCUACUGUGCCUAGUUCUACUACAGGGACAGUAACUACUGGGUCUACCGGUGUUACUCCCACGAGUGGCGGUACAUCGUCGGUUCUAACUGCAGGAAGUGGAAGCGUGUGGGCAGAAUUUUGUGAACGCCACGCUCGCGCAGCCUCGGCAGAUUUUGCGCGGUCCUGUGUUAACUAUGUUACCAACAACUUACCGGAAUCAGCCCGGCAUACUGUCUCUCAUCGAGAUUUCAUGCGGCGAUUUAUCGAAUGCUUUCAGGAGCACUUUGAGCAUGACUUCUACCGGAGACGCAUGCAAAACAAAACGGGCAAUGGCACGGCGAUGGUAUUGGAAGAGAGUGAUUACUCCGAGGACACAGAUUCACCCAAAACAAACCACAAACCUUUUUUUCGAAGGUUGUCGUUCAAAGGACUGCGCAAGGGAAAGGUAAUCCAUGCACUAUUCCACAAACAACACUCGGAUGAGGUAGAACUAUCAGGAAGUCGGGUGAACAAAACCAAACUGGCCAAAAUAGUGGUCGAAUGCAGGAAAGAAGGUACGGUCAACUAUUUGACCCCGGAAAGUCUAGAACAGCCCAGUAAUUCGCACAAAUGGGAAAAAUGUAAACUUGUGCUUGUCAAAACGGUGGGCGGGUAUAUGCUUGAAUUCUACUCGCCACCAAAGUCACAAAAGCCCCGCAGUGGAGUAUUUUGCUUCCUGAUAACGGAAGCCCGCGAAACGACGGCCCUAGAAAUGCCGGACCACGAGAAUACAUUCGUACUGAAGGCAGAUAACAACAUGGAAUACGUGAUCGAAGCGCGUGAUACCGACGAUAUGCGAAGCUGGUUGGCGACGAUACGCUAUUGCAUGCGUAGUACUCCAACGUCGCAAUUACCGCCAAUAUCCGACUUGAAUGUUACUAUGAAUACCUCAAUAUCACACGGUGGUGGCGGUGGUGCGCCCGGUGGUGGGGGAACCGCUGUGGGAGGUGGAGGAACUUUGUCUAAUAGUUUGGUGCACGAUGUAAAUAAUCUUAGCUUGAAUCAGUCCGCAUUAAACGCGGUGCCAACGAUGAUGGCCCCAGAACUACCACCACGACGCCCAGACGAUAGGAUAUCAUCUUCGUCAAACUUCGAACUGACUGAAGGUGACCUGGACCUUGAAACUGAUACUGAUCUGACAUCAAUGAUGCGCGAGUAUCCUUGGUUUCAUAAUACACUACCACGGUCCGAGGCAGCUCAACUGGUGCUGCACAAUGGUAUCUCUAGUCACGGUGUGUUCCUAGUGCGGCAAAGUGAAACUCGAAAGGGUGAAUAUGUGCUGACAUUUAAUUUCCAAGGCAAAGCCAAACAUCUACGCAUGACGCUGAAUGAUUUGGGUCAGUGUCGUGUUCAACACCUGUGGUUUCCAUCUAUUACGGAAAUGCUGGAACACUUUCGACAACAUCCGAUUCCACUCGAGUCUGGCGGGACAGCAGAUGUCACGUUGACAAAUUUUGUUGUACUACCGUCACAUGCAAUGGCCACUAAUCAGUCGAAUAGUAACAAUUAUUCCACAACAACUAUUGGCGGAGGUGGAGGCGGAGGAGGUGGUACAGGAGCUGGGUCCGGUGCUAGUGGCAACCCCAAUACGAGUCCACGACAUCCCUUGCAAGUAAUCACUAUGAACGGAAGUGUGCGCAUCAAAACGUGCGACCUAGAGUUGUCUCAACAGACGAUUCCGGCUCAUGAAAUUGCUGGUGGACAGGGAACCGGUGGUGUCGGCACAGCAGGCCAAGGAACAGUGCCCAGUGGAGGACAGCAGACAGCACCCUCCACAGCGUCUGGAGAAGAUGGCCAACGGGCCGUUGAUAAUCAAUACAGCUAUGUCUGAAACGAUGCCGUUAGCCCCAACAGCAGGGAAAUUGAGGAAUUGAGUACAUUCCCCACUGGCACAUUGGGACAUCUUCAUUCGACCGGGUUACCGGAAUUGGACAACAUUUUGCCAAAACCAAAAACUAACACUAAGAAAGCAGAUGUAGCGAACAAACGAGCGGGCAAGUGUUCACAUCUGUAGAACAAAACAAUAGCCUCUCCUAUUUGUAAAUACUAGUGCUUCGAAAAAAUCAAACACUUAUACUUACUGUUUUAUAAUUGGUUUAGAAGAAUGUUCUUUAAUUUUUUAGCUAGUGCUUAGCAAAUCUCAGACAGUUUAAAACUGCAUUUAUGAACAACGUCUUACAAAGUAUAGAAACAAAUCGUUCAGCUUGAUUAAAAAAACGUUUUUUACAGAGUGUGACUAAAAGCCUACAGGCUGACAAAUCCGUAACUGAAACGUUUAUUGUCAUAUAUUUAUAACUGUAUACACGUGGAAUAGAUAUACAUGAUCUUUUUGAUUAGCAAAAAAAAAAAAAAGAAACAGCAGAUCAAAUCAUCACCACUGUGGUAUUGCAAAUCUUCAUAUAUGCGAUCAACAAACCGAAAAACGCGCUUGCAGUAAACACUUGUAUAUAGCAAAGGUUUAGUUACCAGGUAAUAUGCAUGCUUUUUGUGAUCAUGCCGGUGAAAUGAACAAUAGAGACAAAUUUGGCAUAAACGAAACUAGUGCUAAUAGGGAAAAAUCGAUAAAAAUCAUUUAAUGUAUGUAAAAAUGGUAAUAUGCUGCUGUAGUAUGUAAAAUUUUAAGGAGAAGGAAACAAAUGCUGAAACAAUAAACCUGACGAAUACGUGUUAA